AUGGCAAUGUAUCAAAGUCACGAAACAAUGCGAAUACAAACGCCAGCAACACUCAGCGAAGUUCCGACUGAAGAAGAUGACUCUGGUCUAGUGAUUUCAUUCGACGAUGGUAAUUGCUCAAGCGAUUCGGACAGACCAAAAGGCGACAUCGAACCCAUGGUGGGCCUGCACCCAGCUACAGGACCUGCAGAGCGCACUUUCAGGGUGGUGAUGUGUGGCGAAGCAGCCGUCGGUAAAAGUAGUUUAGUAAUGAGACUUGUUAGUGGUAAACAUUGCGCAAAUCUCCCAAGCACACUUGGCGUGGACUUCCAUGUGAAGACGGUAAAUAUCGACGGACGAAACGUUGCACUUCAACUGUGGGAUACUGCGGGACAGGAGAGGUUCCGUUCGUUGUGCAAGUCAUAUUUCCGACGUGCUGACGGCGCCAUUUUGGUGUAUGACGUCUCAUCUGAGCAUUCUUUCAUCAAAGUUCGAGACUGGAUCGACACUAUUAAGGUUAAGGAUUCAGUCGAAAGACAAAUCCCAGUAAUUCUUGUUGGUAACAAAUGCGAUCUAAGAGCCGAAUUGGGUGAAGUGGUGUCGAACCAUGACGGAGCCGCUUUAGCAGCGAAAAUGGGUGUUUUGUUCAUGGAGACUAGUGCUGUGGAUGGAAGCAAUGUAGACAGCUCAAUGUUAGCGUUGACGAGAGAAAUGAUGGCCGUGGAAGAUGUGGACGUACGAGCUGCUGGAGUGAUCCUUACGCCAAGGGCUAAACCAGCUACUGGAUGUUUCAGCAAAUGCAAAGGAUAA